GAGUGGAGCCUGGAGCUGGAACGCGGAGCAGUGGAGCUGCAGGUUUUUGCCCAGAGCUGGAGCGGAGCCAGAGCACAGAAAAUCUUGACUGCUCCACUGCUCCAGUUUUUAAAAAAAUUUCAAUCCAAAAUGAAUUAUAUUUAGCAAGAAAGCCCUAAAGGUGCCAACAAGUUUCAGAUUGUAUAACCAUUGAUAUUAACAUCUACGUUACCACUUUACGUAAUAUGUCAUAGUUAUUCUCACUUCAGCCAAAAUCAGGAUUUAAUGUACAGAUACAAAAUUACAAAGUUUUUUGGAGAUAUGUUUUAUUAAAGAAUCACAUAAUUAUCAGACAUCCGGCAACACUGCAGACUGCUCCCACCCUUGUGCCAAGGUUAGGCUAGUACGUACUCACGUAGAUUAGUUAGCUAGAUUAGUAUGUGUUGAUACUUCUUUUGUAAGGGUUGAUCAACGAGACACGCUGAGUGCUGCGAUUAUGAAAAGUGUGACGCAAGACGCAACAUUUAAGAUAUCACAAACAGAUCAUAACAAGAAACAUUUGGAUGUGGUAGCAGCACAAGAAGAUUUGGCCAUGGCUUCAACAAAAAAAUCAAAUCUGCCCCCCAUGAUUGAUAGCUGAUUUAUGGAAAAGGAUCUCAACAACGUCUUUACUUUUGAAUUUGAAAAGCCAAAAUUUGGGCAUUGGGAAAGGAAAGAAGAAAUCGGCAAUGUGCAAGGUAGAAAAGGAAGUGAAUGGUGAGCUCAAACCAUGUAGCUUCAAGACAAGUGAAGCAAGUGUCAUGAAAAGUUUCAACCUUUGGCAGCAUGUAAAAUGUAACCAUCCUGAAAACUAUGCGGCUCUGGUUACAAAAAAGGACCAGGAAGAUGAGGCAAAACAGAAAGCUGAUGCAGCUAAACAACAUUCAUCUGGCUCUUUGAAAACUCCUGGAGAAAAGAUCUUUUGCAGAGCUUCAUCUGAAAAGAAACCCAAAAUUGAGCAAACAAAACAUGACUCAUAUUUGAAGUCCCCAAAGGUUACAGUCACCGUGGAUGCCAAUACUUUCUGUGAAGGGCUGAUUGAAAUGGUUUGCUUGAGUUCAACACCGCUCACUACCUUCAGGCUAAAGAACAAAGGAUUCCAAAAAAUUGCAGGUGAAAUGGGUCGGCAGCUUGGUGUUUUUAUGGGGCAUGAUGCAGUUUGUCAUUUAGUUGUUGACACAGCUGAGUCUGGUUGCGAAGAGCUCAAGAAAGCUUUGGAGCAAAAAUUGUGCUACCUGAAAAUGGAUGUGGCAACCUAUGGAAACAGAAAUUUCCUUGCAAUCAAUGCUCAGUACUAUGAAGACGGAAAAGAUAAAGCUGUGGUAAAAACCUUGGACAUAAUCAACACUGAAGGGCAUCACAAUUCUUUGUACGUGAAAAGUCAAGUAAAAGCUAUUUUAGAAAAAAUUGGGAUCAGUGAAAUGCAAGUGCUGAGCAUCUGCAUUAACAAUGCAGAAAACAUGACCUGUGUCUUCAAAAAUUUCAGUGAGGACAAUGAAACCAUUUCUACCUCUGAGAAUAGGGAUGUGGACAGAACUGAAGCUAUUUUGCCCGAUGAAGGAACUAAAGGAAUGGAUGAAGUCGAACUCAACAUGGAUGCUGCUGCGCAAUGGGUUAAUGACCCUAGCCUCAUACUUCCAACAUGGCUUCAUGAGGAUGACUCAAAGUCCAACUGAUGAUGUGUGGUAUUCACACUCUUCAAUUGGCAAUUUGUAAUGGACUGAACAAAGAACAUGUGAAGAAAUUUCUGGGAAAAAUUCGACAAGUCAUUGUCAAACUACAAACUCCAAGGAUUCGAAGUGUUCUGCUUGAUCUACAUGGGGUAACUCAAUCAUUGGAUUCUGUGACUCGCUGGGGUUCAACAUUUGCGAUGAUUGAUCAGCUUCUCGUUUUUCAAUCUUACUGUGAACAAGUGACUGCUGCUGGAACAAGAGAACUCAAGUUAACAAAAGCUGAAUGGGAUGAAGUGAAGAAUCCGCGAGACCUCUUGGCAAAGCUAAACCAAACAACCGUGAAUUUUCAAGCUGUCAAUGUAACCCUGUGAGUUUUAAUGAAGGAAUGGUGAAAACUGUCAAAAUUCUUGCAAGAAAAUGGUGGGCAAAUUGCAGAAGGAAUUCUAUCCUCCAUGCAGAAACGCGAAGAGAAGCUUUUUGACAAUAUUCAUUUCCUUGCUGGAGUUUAUGUUGAUCCACGGUGUCGGAUUCUUCUUACCGCAAGGAAAAUACCAAAGGCAAAGGAAGGGCUCCUUGAUAUUGCUCGACGACUCAAAAAACAAAAUCUAUUGCUACAUUUGAAUUUGGCGAAAGAGGUUGAAGAAAACAAAACACAACAAAAGGAGUCAUCAACAAUAGAAUUUGCUGUUUCGGAAAGUUCACAUCCUUCAGAAAUAGCAGGCUGUUCUCAAACUUCUGUCUUCACUCUGAACUUGUUUGAGCAUCCAUCCCUGAGAAGUCAUCACGGGGAACUGGAGAUAAUUCAAGCAUCAAUUCUUCAGAAGAUGACUUUGAAAAGGAACUGGAUAAACAAGAAAGACGCCGGCGAGUUUCUGCGAUUUAUAUUUGUAAUGAAACAUUAUUCGAGAGAAACUUUUGAGAAGACUGUGAGGCGAUGGAGUCUAUUUGUAGGCUAAAAGUUAAGUCUGUUUUUGAGGCCAUUUACAGCUACCCACACCGCAUUCAGGCUGCCUGUAGAAUUGCUUCGAGCAUGCCAACAACUCAAGCUAGUGUAGAGUUACUGUUUUCGGCUUUGAAGUUAAUUUUAAAUUAUUUGCAGCAGGCUAUGAAAGGCAACUUGAUUGCUGCAAUAAUUUUUUACAGAAUGAAUUAUGAACGAUUCUAGUUUGUAUAA